AUGUUUAUGAGGGGAAACAUAUUCAAAAACUUCAGAAAGGAUGAAGAUUGUCUAAACAAUUCAACAGCUAAACGGAAGGAGCCCAUAAACUCCUCGGAAAAGGAUUUCCCACUUUGGGGAGGUCUCGGCAGCGAUGGGGUUUCUUGUGACUUAGAUGAUGAAGAUGAAUUUGAAUCAAAUUCAUUUAUGUUGGGCUCAUCAGUUUCAGAUCUAAGCAGUUUUGAUGACGCAGAAUGGUCAACAUCUGAUUCCUUCACAGAAAGAAAAAACCACAGCACUCGUUCGAAAAUCGGUAGCAUUAGCAGACAACGUGACAACGUUAGGAAAAAUGUUAAGCCUGUAAGAUCGGAAGAGGAAAAAGAUAUGCUUAAAAAAUUUGACGCAGCUGGAUUAACAUCCCCUCCAUCCAGUUCUCGGAACAAGGUUCCAGCAGCUGCAUCAUCUAUGUUAAAUUUUCUCAAGAAGAGAAGCAGUGACGAUAUAUCCGAAUCCAUAGAUAGCAGGAUAAAUAGCAGCACAGAUACGGUUACACCUUCCUUCAGUCGAACUCAGUCAACUAAAUGUGAAUUUGUGGAUGAAUUUCAUUCGCCUACGUUGGAAAAUCAAGUUACUGAAUCGGAACCGGAGAUGGUAGACUCAAGAUCAGAGCAUGAGGAAGGAUACUAUAAAGAUAACAACAAUUUAAAUCAUAUGUGCAAUAUGCUGAGAAUAGAAAUGGAAGACAUCCGAAAAUGGAAGAAACGUGCAGCUGAAGAAAUAGAGGACAAGACUAAACAGCUAAAACGAGCAGAGAUAACGAUAGAAAACCUUAGGAAGUCAAACCUAGAGUUACAGGUAAAUGGUGCGCACAAAUUAUUCUUAGAUGAAUCUCGAAAACGUGAGCAUGAAAUACAACAACGAGCUAGACAAUCGUGGCCGGAUAACUCAAAGGUAUGCGCACUAAAUAAGUGGCAUGAAGGCUUUGAGGAAAUAUUAAAGGAGGUUCACUCGGUGCAAGCGAAGUGUGAGCAGCUAGAGACGGAAGAAUUGAAAAUAUGCCAUGGAAAUGAAGAGAUAGAGGCAAAAAUAAGCGAAACAAUAGAACUCUAUGAUGCGUUGAACAAGGUGCUCCUAGAACAUAUCCCAAAGUGUGCUAAUAAAAUAAAAUUUAUGGAAGAAGAAGCAAAAGCUAAUUUAGAGAGCAAUACAUGCCUUAAAUCAGAACUGAACGCAUGCAUGGAUGAAGUGGAGAUGCUGGUGAUGAUGUUACUGCUACUGUUUAUUUACCAGAAAGAAAGCAUUUUGACUGAGACAGAACGACACAACAUGGAGCUCAAAGAGCUUCAAAAGGAAAUUGAUAAGCUAAGCACCAACAACGUUGAAUUACAUGAGUGCAAAGAGAGUCUAUCUAACAAGUGCAAAGAUACUGAAAGAUUACUGCUAAAGAAAGAGAGAGAUGUGACUUCAUUAGAAGAAGAGUUAAAGCUGCAAAAGGAAGAAGCGGAAGUUAAAGAAUCACAAAUAAAAGCGAUAAACCAAGAGUUACAAUUAGCAAAAGCAUCAAUCUGUGAAAAAUCAAUCGCGUUGGAGACAGCAGAACGAUUUAGGGGCAGACUUGAAGAAGAAACCACAAAACUAAAAUAUGAAUUAGAUUCCUUAAAAAGCGAAUGUCAGAAAGAGAAGAAAUCAAUUGCAGAAAGUUUGCGCAUGAUACACACGAACGUGGAGUGCAUGUAUAACAAUUCGCACAUUCGAGAUAAUAUAUGUCUGGAAGAAGUCAUUACAGGAUUGAAAGAUGAAUACACUUUAAAAAGUGAAAUAAUUCGGCUAUGUGAGGAGAAUAUGAAGUACCAAGAAGAUCAACUGUAUCAAAUAAAAAAGGAAUCGGCGAAGCUCUCUGAACUGACUAACAGUCAAAAAUUCGAAAUAACAGGACUUAAAGAAGAACUAGAAAAGCUAAAAGUAAGAACAGAUUAA